GUGAGGUACACGGGCCGCAGCCAAUCGGACAGCGGCGAAGGCGCUCGCGAGGCUUCGUCCUCCAUGGCAACGGCCGGCCUGUGGUUCCAACCGCUACAACCGCCUCCUCGGCCGCCGCGUCGCCAUGGCAGAGUUGGGCCUUAACGAGCACCACCAGAAUGAAGCCAUUAACUAUAUGCGUUUUGCUCGUUUCAAGCGUGGCCUGUGUCUCAAAACAGUGGAUUCGUGCUUCCAGGACCUUAAGGACAGCAGGCUUGUUGAGGAGACCUUCACAGUUGAUGAAGUGUCAGACAUGCUGGAUGGGCUGCAGACCAUUGUACACAGUGAAGUGGAGUCCGAGCUCAUAAAUACAACAUACACCAAUGUUUUACUUCUGCGCCAGCUCUUUUCACAGGCUGAGAAAUGGUACCUUAAGUUACAGACAGACAUCUCUGAAUUGGAGAAUAGAGAACUGUUGGAACAGGUUGCUGAGUUUGAAAAGUCAGAAUUUACAUCUUCAAACAAGAAGCCCAAUGCAGAGCUCAUUAAACCAAAACUGGCUCCCAUAAAUGAAGGAGAGUCAGAGCUGCUAAACAAGACAGUUGCUUGUCUCCAAGAAGAGAAUGAAAAAUUGAAGACCAGACUUAAGACAAUAGAAACACAGGCUACAGCUGCACUAGAUGAAAAAUCCAAACUGGAGAAGUCACUGAAGGAUUUGCAGAUGAUCCAGGGAGAUCAAAAGACUGAUGGAAACAAGGAUAUCGUUGAAUUGGAGAAUAAAGUGGCAGCUUUGAAAUGUCACUAUGAGAAGACUUUGAAUGAUUCUACUGCAAACCAAAAAAUCCUGGAAGAGGACUUGGUGACAGCAAAGCAUGACUUGCUUAAGGCUCAGGAUCAGCUGUCCACAACUGAGAAGGAAUUAGAGAAGAAGUUUCAGCAAACAGCUGCAUACCGCAACAUGAAAGAAAUGCUUACUAAGAAGAAUGAACUGAUAAAGGAGCUACGAAGAAGGCUUUCCAAGUAUGAGCCAGAAGACUGAUCUAUCGGAAGCUGACAUAGGAAGAAUGUGGAGAGUGGUGUUAUUUUUUAUCAGAUUUUGUUUAAAAUAGUUUACUAUCUGCUCCUAGUGCUUAAAAUAACUUCCUAUUAAUACUAAAAGGAUGCUGAAACUUCUACCUUACUUCCUUAUAAACCCAUGGUUUAUAGCUGUUAGUUUCUGCAGCCAUGUUUGAAAUGAACCAUCAGCAUUCCUUGAGAAAUAGCAAGCAGCAUCUUAUUGAAGAUGUGAGACAAUUCUUUACAAAAAAAAAGGAGUUUAUUUUUGUUAAGAAGAGGGGAAAAAAAACAAGUAUUAGAUUUUUAGUGAUAUCUUUGAGGUGAAAACUGGAGUGGUUGUAUUAGUACAGUUCAUGUAGCCUUUAAGUGCAUUGCUUUUGAAAACUGCAUUGGUAGCAGUAAGAAGUAGGAGGGGAGAAAGAAAGAAAGAAGCAUGCUGAUUCUGUGGCACAGAAUUAAUUCACACUGAAUAUCUGAUCUCUCUGCAAAAUGUGACCAGGAACAUUUUGCUAGAGGCUAUUCGUUAGGGAGCGAGAGAAAUGUGCUUUACAGGAGAAGCAAUGGACUCUAAGGGAAAAGAAAACAAACCAAACACUAGUUGGAGCUGUGCUUUUUCACCUGAAUUUAUUUGAAACAAAUGUGAACAUCAGAAUACAGAUUGAUUCUUUUUCCAAUACUUUUGGUGUUAGAGUGACAAUCUGAAAAGGCAUGAGGAAGUGGCUUAUGGAGCAGCUUUCUUAAGAAAUAAGUUAUUAUAGAUACUUCCACAUCCUUUCUUGUUGUAACCUCCCUAGGAAACAGUUUAAAGUCUUCAGAGAAGACCUUGUAUUUACCUGGCAGCCUCUUUACGGUGCAUUGGACUUAUUCAUUUUUUUUUUCUGUUCAUAUGUAUGUUAUAUGUUACUCCAAAUAAAAACAAUACGUUUUAAA